CAGUUCGCUCUGGGCUCUGUUGUUGUGCAGAGCUGCAGAAGGCCUGCUAGAGCCAGCUACUGCACUGCUGCUGUUUUGGAAAGAGAGAGAGAGAGAAAGGGAGAGAGAGAGUGAAAAGGAGGAGGAGGACAGACAAAGCGGGUUGAGUCUGUGGGAGCUUGUGUGUUCAUUUCAUCACCAUUUAAGAACCAACCAAGGAGGACAGAGAACAGAAGGAAAGAGAGUGAAAAACGACUCUGAAAAAGCGAAAGUGAAAUAGAGGGUGAAGGAGGUAAAGGAAGGGAGGAAGCUGGGUCUGAGGAAAGGCGUCUGACAUUGCUUGUCUCGCUUCACACGCAGGAAGGUUUCUGCUCAGCCAGCCCACAGCUGCUUUUUUCCCCCUACUACUCUUGGAGCGUUGUCCUCCAUCCUUUCUUCUCCUCUGAGCAAGAGGAGGAGAGCUAGAAGGAGAAAAGGAGGAGGAGGAGGGGAGGCAGCCCCCCCUCCCCCUUACACAGACACGGCACAGAACGAAGGGAGAGAGAGAGAGAGAGAAGCAGAGAAAAGAGAGCCUGUUCCUUGCCGUCUCUCUGUCGUCCCUCGGCGAGCGAGCGGCUAACAGGCACCGCUCAUGUCCAUGAACUCAGAGAAAUCCUCGUCCCCCGAAAGGCCUGAGACCCAGCAAAAAGCCCCGGUGUCUGCCCCACUCCCCCGCCUCCCCCUCCAGCCCCCCCCUGAGCCGGCCGUCCCCCCAGAGCCAGAGGAGGAGAUCUUAGGCUCUGACGAUGAGGAGCAGGAGGACCCCGCAGACUACUGCAAAGGUGGAUACCAUCCGGUGAAGAUAGGGGACUUGUUCAAUGGGAGGUACCAUGUGAUCCGCAAGCUGGGCUGGGGUCACUUCUCCACCGUAUGGCUGUGCUGGGACAUCCAGGUGAAGAACUUUGUGGCGAUGAAGGUGGUGAAGAGUGCUCAGCAUUACACAGAAACAGCCCUGGAUGAGAUCAAACUGCUCAGAUGUGUGAGAGAGAGUGACCCCUCUGACCAAAACAAAGAAAUGGUGGUUCAGCUGAUAGACGACUUCAAGAUCUCUGGAAUCAACGGAAUACAUGUGUGUAUGGUGUUUGAGGUUCUGGGACACCACCUUCUAAAGUGGAUCAUCAAGUCCAACUACCAGGGCCUUCCUCUUCCCUGUGUUAAGAGUAUUAUCAAACAGGUUCUGCAGGGCUUGGACUACCUCCACAGCAAGUGUAAGAUCAUCCACACGGACAUCAAGCCAGAGAACAUCCUGAUGUGUGUGGACGAUGCGUUUGUCCGCCGCAUGGCCGUGGAAGCCACAGAGUGGCAGAAGGCUGGGGCACCCCCGCCCUCUGGAUCUGCAGUCAGCACAGCACCACAAGCCAAACCGGUAGGGAAGAUCUCUAAGAACAAGAAGAAGAAGCUGAAGAAAAAACAGAAGCGUCAGACCGAGCUGUUGGAGAUACGCAUGCGGGAGAUCGAGGCCCUGGAGAGGGAGGCUGAGAAACAGAGGGCCACAGAGGGCCCCGAUGGUGAGGGGGACACACACUCCCCAAAACACACACCCCGCAACGCGGCACUGGGGCCCGCCGUCGCACUGGGCGAGAGUGAUGACGAAGACGAUGACGAUGAAGAGGAUGGAGACGAGGAGGAGGAAGGAGAGACGGAGAGGGAGAGGCCAACCAGGCUAACCAAUCACACCUGUGCAGCCACACCUCAGGAACAGUCAGAGGUGCCCCCCACCCCAGAGGCAGCAGCAGAGCCAGAGGGGGAGCCCACCCCCAGCCCUACCCCAGAGACAGAGACACAGAACCCCACACCCACCACCACUACACCUGGGGAUGGCAACGGAGCUACCACGAACCCAGAGGGAGAGGGUGAGGAGGGGGAGAAAGAGGAGGUUAAGGAAGAGAAUGACAAUGAGGAGGAGGAGGAGGAAGAUGGGGAAGAAGAGGAUGAGGAAGACUUGGUUCCAGGUCUUGCCGAAAAAGAUGAGAAAGAGGAACCAAGAACAGAGGAGGAGGUGAAGGGUGAGGAGACCAAGGAGCAGGAAAAGGACAAAGAGGAAGAGGAGGAGGACGACGAUGACGACGAUGAUGACGAAGACGAUGAUGAUGACGAUGAUGAAGACGACGAUGCUGAUGAAACAGAAACGGGCGCUGACGACCUCACCAACUCCAUCUCCACCACCAUGGGACACAACAACAACACCCCCAAAACCAAUGGCCAUGUCCUCCUAGGGGGUGAGGAGAGGGACAGGGAGAGAUUUCCCAGAGCCAACCCCCCAGCUCCUACCUCCUCCCCCAUCCCUCUGCACUGCCCUCUGGUAGAGUCAGAGAUUAGCUGCACGGACAGGGAUCAAAGCUCUCUCAGCUCCUCCUACGAGCUCUUCAAUGGCGAGGUGGUCACGCCAGGCCUGACCAACGGGGCGCAGCGCCACAGGGGCACGGCGCCACGCUUCCCCGACCUGCCUCUGGACCCUGACCCGGGUAGCCCCGUCACAGUGGGCGAAGCUGGUCAAUCGGGGUCCGGGACCUCCCCUCACAGCCCCACUGCAGACCGCAGUCGUACUGUGUCGUCCUCAAGCACUGGAGACACGCCUAAAGAUGAUGUGGUUCUAGCCAAGGCCAAAGCAGCAGACCUCCUGGUUAACCCCCUGGACCCUCGCAACGCUGACACACUCCGAGUCAAGAUAGCUGACCUGGGCAACGCCUGCUGGGUGCACAAGCACUUCACAGAGGAUAUUCAAACCAGACAGUACCGCUCCAUAGAGGUCCUGAUAGGAGCUGGAUACAGCACUCCUGCUGACAUCUGGAGCACCGCCUGCAUGGCGUUUGAGCUGGCUACAGGAGACUACCUGUUUGAGCCCCACUCUGGGGAGGACUACUCCAGGGAUGAGGAUCACAUCGCUCUGAUCAUGGAGCUAUUGGGGAAGGUUCCACGCAAAGUGGUCGCCGCCGGGAAGCACAGCCGAGAGUUUUUCUCCAAGAAAGGUGAACUGAGGCACAUCACCAAGCUGAAGCCCUGGUCUCUGUUUGAUGUGUUGGUGGAGAAGUACGGCUGGGCACCAGAGGACGCCGGCCACUUUACCCACUUCCUGCUGCCCAUGUUGGAGAUGGUCCCAGAGAAGAGGGCGUCAGCCGGGGACUGCCUCAGCCACCCCUGGCUCAACUCGUAGCGACACCAGCCCCCCCCACUAGUGGCAGCCUCCACAACCUGCUCAAAGCCAGGCACUCGAGGCUGGAGAGAGAGCGAGAGGGAGGAGGAGGGUGUGGGGGGGGGUACAGGGGGCUCCCUGUUCUCGGUCCCGCCCUGCCUUGUCCUGAGCCCGCCACACACAUACACAUAGGCAUACACAAAUGCAACACAGACACCCACAGAGCCUCAGCAGAAGCCACAAAGCUGUCAAAGACCAGACAGAGAGAGGCUGCUCCCUCUGCUGUCCUCCCCAUAGGUCCCAUACAACCCCUCACCGGAAUAAUAGAGGGCCCCAGGAAGGGAGUUGGAUGGAGUCAAACUCCCACAGUUCUAAACAGGCGGGACAGAGAUCCCUACACAACAUGAGCAGCCAUGGUCAGGACAGUGUCUCCUACUUAGAAAGACCAAUUCAGUCUAAACAGAGACUAAGCCACCCAUAUGAAUGGGUUCUCUGCAAUAUCCUGACCAAUUUUCUCCUGUCCAGUCUUCUCCGGAGCAUAAUGGGUUUCCCAUUAGAAGUCAAUAAGAACCUGUCAGAAUGCUGACUGUGUGAUUGCUCCAUCUGCCUGACCUUACAGCAGCACAGCCCAAACCUGCUGAGGCAGAAGUGUGUUUGUGUAAAUAUGUGAGUGUUUGUUAUUAGUGUGUGUCUACACUGCCCAGUCUGUAGGUGUGUGUGAAUGUCCCUCUCCUAUAACAGAGGAGCAACAACACUUCCAGAUUAGGAGUGGCCCUUUUACCCUACUCUUCCUCUCAUCUCUCUCCAGCCCCUGCCCCACUCCCUCUCUCUGUAGGGGUACCUCAACCCUGUACAGCCCCCUCCCCACCCAGCCACCAACACUGAGCUGCAUGCCAGUCCCAGCCACUGCAGAGACACAGAGGGCAGCCAGCCCACCAGGGGUCUCCAGAACUGAACCGCUGCCACACAGACAGACAAACAGGGCACGGAACAAACAAAGAUCCUAAAAGACUGAUGAUCGAUGAACCGGACUGCUUCUUCUGUAAAGAGUUUCUCUGUCGUGAAAAAGAGUGAAAUGCAUGGAGAGGCUGAUUGAUUGACAGGACGGGAUGAUGAUGAUGGACAGGUGUUACUUAGUUGUGCGUUUCAUUGGUUCGUUUGUUUUUUAUCUAUGUUUUUGUUUUCUUCUCCUGUCUUUUAUUUUGAAGGUGAAGGAGCAACUUGCGCUGACCUUUUUGGUGCCUCGUGUGAGGAUAGCGAAGUUCCUCAUGUUCACUUUUUCAAAUCCUUUCUCCCUUUAACCGUUGACAUUCCUGAUCCAGUCACACCAUUCCUCUCUUCCUCUUUAUCCCCAAAACAAUCCUUGAGUCCCUAUGGCGUGGCAGCUUUACCAGAUCUGAUUAUCCCCCUUAUUACCUACAGACGAAACUCUCCAUCUUUGAACCUGAGCUUCUCCAGAAGGGGUUCGUCAAAUGGAGGUUGCACUUGUCUUUGUAGGAUGUCGUUCAGGGAUUUACCUUUUAGUCAUUUAGCAGACGCUCUUAUCCAGAGCGACUUACAGUAGUGAGUGCAUACAUUUUACUUUUUCGUACUGGUCCCCUGUGGGAAUCAAACCCACAACCCUGGCGUUGCAAGCACCAUGCUCUACCAACUGAGCCACACGGGAAUUACCUUUGUACAUAACUCUAAGAUCCGGCUCCGGAGAGACGACCGACCGACAGAUUUGAAACAAAUGCACGCAUCAUUCCUAAAAGAGGCUGUCACGGACACUGGCCUACGGACACUGGCCUGCACCCCCAGAGCAGAUAGUGGCGAGAGGCUGAACCACUCUGGAGGCCACUAAGUGGAAUGUGAAACUGCGCCACUUUGUGGCUGAUGAGGGUACUGCAUUGAUGCACUGCAGCAUCUCUCAGUGCCAAUGCUCCAUGCGUUCCACUCCACUGCUCUCUCACGCUCAUCACAACUAAGAGUCCAGUUGCCUAUUUUUCGCAAUAAAAUAAAAAUGAGUAUGUAAAGGGUGAGAUAUUUUUUAAACUAUUUAAUGUAAAAGAAGCAAAUUUCUCUGUUGUGACAGUGACCGAAUCUCGUCCUAUUGAGGUGAUUGUGUUGGUUUGUUUAGAGAUGUUUUUUUCUUUUGUAAUUAUUAUUACUGUCACUAGUUAUUUUCUACUCAGUUGUUACCUCUUCCUCCCCUACUAUAUGGACAACGCUGCUCUGUUUGGACUCGUGACAGUGAAGAACAUUUUUUUUUCAAUUACGAUUUUUUUUGUCACAAAAGCUCCUGAUCUCACUCUCUCAGCCAUGCUGACUGUUCUUCCUGACAGAAUUGCGUCUUUUGUCUGUGUUUUUCAUUGACAGAUUUAAUAAAAUUGUAAAUUAAUGGA